GAGAGAGGUUCCGUCUUGGGUGGAGCCCUCUGCGUGUGCGCGUCGGGUGACCGUGGUUCGGCCUUUGGCUCGCGUCCGAGUUAAAAAAAAGGUGCUUUUGUGGGUGAAAAAGGUAUUUCGAGGGCACUUCUUUUUUUUUUUUCGCCGUUUGCGGCAAAGGUUGUUGUGCCCCUCUUGGUUUUGCCCGGCUGAAAGCGAGCGCCCUUUUUCCGUCCGGUUGCGUGCUGGGCUUUUGAUUAUCAUUGCGCGCGCGCUGCGCCCGCCGAAGAAAAGCGCGGGACCUCGCGGCCAGGUCGGAUGUGGGACCAAGUGGAGAGUCGAGUGCUCGAACUAGCUGGGGAAGGUUUGUGGGAAGACUUGGUGACGUUUUGCGAAGAAUACGAGCUCGAGAUUGGCGGAUACGCUCACUCGGAUCAGUUGCCGCUCUAUACCGUUCAGCUUUUUGGCUAUCUCAUACAAAAUGAUUUGGAUGCGGCUCGAUAUCUGUGGAAGAGGAUUAGCUCGGAGGUGAAGUCUAAGGACGCGAGCGCCGCAGCGCUUCGCAGCAUGGUUCGGGGCGCCGUUAGGGGCGACCACUGCUCCGUAUACCGAGCGGUUCAGUCGCACGCCUGGGACGCUCUGCACGGUGCAUUGGCGAGGAAGUUUUUAGUUUCUUACAGAUACAGGAUGUUGUCGUUGAUAGAGAGGUCCUACUCGACGAUAUGUCUCGCCACGGUGGUGGAGUGGUUGGGCUUGGAGCCCCAGAGGGCCACUGAGUUUUUGACCGAACUCCGUUGGAAAUUUGACGGGAACUUUUUCCAGGUCGAGAAGCCCGCGAGUUCCGAGACGGAGGACAUAGACUUCAAGAGUUUGGAGCUGCUCACGUCCUACGCGGUGUACCUUGAGAGCUGAGAGCCCGGCGCCUCUCGCCGGCGGGGGGAGAGCGUUGUAGUGUGUGUAAUGAAAAAAGCUUAUAUGUAUACAAAAAAUGUACACAUGUGGUUCAUAAAAAAAAAAAAGUUGUUUUGUCGGCGCCGACGUGCCUCCGCCGAACAGCGAGCGCCGACGCGCGAGGUGCGAGCGCCGCUGAGAGAGAGAUGGGCGCGAAGACGCAUAGGUCCGCUCGAGAAAAUAGGACAAAAAAAAAAAUUAACACAAGGACACGAUUAUUUUAGUGUAUUGGUAUCCAUUUCAUUCUCGGAUUAACUUUGACUCGUCUUUGCCGACACUACAUCUAGAGUUCGAUUGUUGCCUGUUUGUAGAAUUGACGUCGUUUAGUCUAGCGGAGCUUUGUGCGAGGCUUUGUAUACAUCGAACCUUGACCCGCGGAAUACAAAAUUUUGUAGGAAUGAGCGACGCUCAUCUGCCAGAGAAUGAACUAAUCGGAAACAUUCUUCAUGACGCCGAGGAGUACAACGGUGCAAGUCAAGCGUUGAGCGCAUUUGGAGUGCAACAAAUAAAUGGUCCCGUGAUUCUGGAUAGAAGUCUAUCGUCUGCUUCGCCGGACAUAACCUUGCAAGAGCGAGGUUUGCCGCCCGCCGACGACGCGUCUGGACAGGGUUGUUUUUUGAAUCCCCCGCUCUAUUAUGCGUUGAAGCAGUACGGCGAGGGGGGUCAGCUCUCGUCGAUGCACCCGCUGGACAUGUCGAACCAGAGCCUCUUUUACAGCCUCGAUCUCGAGGGUUUGGGCUGGGGGGGGGUGCAGGAGGACGGCUACGUCAUGAUGGACCAGAGGCCCUACUCGUUCAACAGGUCUUUCGCCGUGGGGGAGCGUGCCAAGCCGGGAUACGGCGAGGCCAAGGCGCCGGUCGAGGACUACGUCGCCCCCGUUUCCCUCCAGCACGGGGUCUCUAGGGGGGGGGGGGGGACAGGCUACUUCCGCCAGGGAGGCUACUGAGCUCAGCAGUUACAUUCAGUCGAUCAACCUCGACUACUCCGGCUGCUUGUUCCAGGGCUCCCUCCCGCCCGGCAGGGCACCCGCGCCCCUCCAAUAUGACAAGUAUGCUGCUGCUGCUGGCUACGGCGGCGCCGAGGGCAAGGAGAGGGAGAACAGGGGGUCUCCCUCUGCUUACGGCGCCGCCUCUUAUCAGCACGGCUGUUGUCCCGUCAAGAGGAGCGCGCAGCCCGCCGAAGCGGACGCCGUUCACGGCGCCCUCCGGGCUCCCCCGUCCGGAGACCUGAUGUCGUUCAGGAACUUCAAUUCUCUGUCCGCUCCGUCUCAGUACGGAUAUUACGCGAUUCUCGAUGGGCAGUCCAGUUUCGCGCCUCACCCGCCCAACUACCACCCGAUGCUGCAGCCCGCCGCCCAGCUGGACGCGUCCGAGGCCUCCCCGAUCGGCUGCGCCGGCCCGUCCGUCGGCGGCGGCGGCAACAAGGACUCCGAGCCGUUUCGGGCUCCUCAGUACAACAAUUCGUACAACUCGCCCCUAAAAACGACCUCGGGCUACCUCCACGAGCCGCCCCUCCUCUACCUCCUGUCCAACCCCGGGCAACCCUGCCUGCUCCCCGGAGACGCCCGCCUGCCCCAGGAGUACCGCCCGGCCCCUCCGAGGACCUCGAGCGACGACUCGCUCUACCCGCAAAUGGUCGCGUCCUACGGCCUCCCCCCCUCGAAACCGCCCUGCUACAAGGGCGGCGAACACGCCUCGCCCUCGAAGGGCGGCGGCCCGGCCGCCAGCCGCUCCUCGCUCCUGGAAGAAUUCCGCAACAUCAAAGGAAACCGCAAAUUCGAGCUCAAGGACGCCGUCGACCACUUCGUGGAGUUCAGCAGCGACCAGUACGGAUCCCGCUUCAUCCAGCAAAAGCUCGAAGUCGCCACCAACGAGGAAAAACAAAUGGUCUUCCAGGAAAUCUUCCCCGUCGCCCUCCAACUCAUGACCGACGUCUUCGGCAACUACGUCAUACAAAAAUUCUUCGAGUACGGCACCAACGAGCAAAAAAAAUCUCUCGGCGACGCCCUCGAGGGCAACGUGCUGAGCCUCUCCCUGCAAAUGUACGGCUGUCGCGUCGUCCAAAAGGCGUUCGAGGUCAUCUCGGUCGAACAACAAGCCAAACUCGUCAGGGAACUCAACGGGUUCGUCUUGAAGUGCAUCAAGGACCAAAACGGAAACCACGUCAUCCAAAAAGUCAUCGAGCAAGUCCCCCCCAACCUCAUCCUCUUCGUCGUCGACACCUUCAAGGGCAAGGUCUGCAGCCUCGCCAUGCACCCCUACGGGUGCCGCGUGAUACAGCGCAUCCUGGAGCACUGCAGCCUGUCCAACGCCUCCUCCUGCAAGGGCGCCUCUGCUCAACUGGACAUCCUGGACGAACUGCUCAAGGAAACCCCGAAGCUCGUCCAGGACCAGUACGGGAACUACGUCGUCCAGCACGUGCUGGAGAACGGGCGCCAGAAGGACCGGCGCGCGAUCAUCAGCCACCUCGAGGGCAAAAUUGUGGCUCUGUCUCAGCACAAGUUUGCGAGCAACGUCAUCGAGAAGUGCGUGCAGUACGGCUCCUACGACGACCGCCAAAUGAUCCUGCAGGAAAUCGUCAGCGAAAAGCCCGUGCAGAACGGCAACUAUCUGCCCUUGGAGAUCAUGAUGAAGGACGCCUACGCCAACUACGUGGUUCAAAAGAUCCUGGAAGUCUGCGACAACAGUCAGCGAAACCUGCUGGUUUUGAAGAUCAAGCCCCACCUGGCGUCUCUCAAGAAGUACACCUAUGCGAAGCACAUCAUCGCGCGACUAGAGAAGAUACUGGGAAAACCCCUGUGAGGGUGCGCGCACGUGUCACACGAAGAACGGGCUCGCCGCGUCCCACUAAAAAUCGUGGAAGAGGCCGGGCGGACCUCCUCUCUUUCUCCUGGGUGAUGCACACACCUGUGUGUGUGCGUACGGUAUAUAUUGUACAUUUAUAGAUGUGUGUAAUACAAGCGCAAAAGCGGUCAAAC